AUGAGGAUCCGAUCUCUGUACCCCAUUGCUUUGGCAGGCCUCUGUAAGUCCUACAAGUUCUUCGUGCUCUCUCGGACUCAAGGGAGGCAGCGCGCGUGACAAUGCGCAGCUCGACGUACCACGGGCGCUCACGUGCCGCAACGGGCAACAGCUGGCGCGCGGACGGGCCGAUGGUCUUGGCCAGGCUGGUGACGCCACAGCGAAGAGGGGUUGACCUGUCGAGACGAAAGAUCGUCAAACUAAUCAACCCGUACAUGACAUUUGCAGUCGCUUCCAUCACCGCGUCCCCUUUGCACGUCGAAAGCUCCCCCAUGCGAAUCACCGCCUCCUUACCCUCCGCUGAGCACUCGACUCUAUCCCUCCACCUCGUAAGAACGGACGAUCUCCUAUCCGACCUCGACGACCAUUCGAUCCUCAAGAGGUUGACGCAUAUUGCGCUGAGGAUUGAAUUGGACGAGGAGAAGCUGGUGCUCGGUAUCAAUGGGAGAGAAAUCGAGUUGAAGAGUUUGCAGAAGGACUGGGCGGGGGAGAGGGUACAGGCUGUAAAAGCUGAGGUGAGUGGGGAGGGGAGCUGUGCGCGGAGUUCAUUCGGCUUCUUGAGAGGUUGAGGACUGACUCUGCCUCUCUUUGAAACAAAUUCAGGCGUUCACACUCAGCGAUGAGUUUAAAGAAGGAUUCAGGCAGGGUGAAGUUAUGCCCCAAGCCGAGAUCGUCAAGUCGGCACUCGAGCACUUGCCCAAGGGCAUCGUCUCGGUAAGGACCCAAACACGCUAUCGGGCACUCUCAUUGCCCAUAAGCUGACCCGGUCAUUCGGUCAUUCGCCUUCAUCUUUAGCUCAGAUCAGGAUCGCCGAAGACGAGGUGGCCCCUUCGACACUACCCGCUGGAGCACCGAGCGAAGUUUCUGCCGGCGCGCAGGUCUCGAUGAAGGCUUUUGCCGUUACAUUGAAGGCGAGUCCUGGCUUCAAUACACAUAACACUUCCAGAAGAUGGAGGACUUACCUUGUAUCCUGUCUACUUGUAGAUCACCGACGUUGACUCCGACUCGAUUUCGCAUUUGUCGUCCUUCAUGGUCCCCGUGCUGCGUAUCGAGCUCGAGUACGAUGAUGGCGAAGACUCGAUCGUCAAGAUGCGUCACUAUGCGAUCCAACCGAGUGUGCGAGUUGUCGGUGCAGACGAGACGAACGGGUUGGAUCCGAAGAUUGCUGACGAGGAAAUUGUCGAGGAGAUCGAGCAAGGUCGCGAGUCGGUUGAGGGAGUGGACGAGGAUGAGGAGGAGGGUCUGUGGCACUCCGAGUUGGAUGAGGAGAACGAGGACCAUGAAGAUAACGAGGACAGCGACGAGGACAGCGACGAGGACAAAGGUGAAUUCUCCGGAGAAGAUAAGGAAGGAAAGUCCCGGCAACCGGACGGUGGCAAGGGCCGACGACCACUUCCCGAAGGUGGAGACGGCCGACCGCAUCCUCCCGGACACGGAGGGGAGCGAAGACCUGAAGACCCCAAUCAUCGACGACCUGCUUCUGUCCCUGGUCACCACCACCACCACCACCACCAUGGUUCUCCUCCUCCUCCUCCUCCGGCUUGGAUCAAGUGGAUCGCCGAGCGGCUGGGCGUCCCUCCUCCUCCCUCUCCUCCUCCUUCCCAUAGUCGCAAGCCUCACCACCCGCACGACCGACAAGACAUCCCUCCUUUCAAUGGGCCAUCCGGUAAUGAUGACGCAGAGCGUAUGGAGCUCGCAUCAGAAUGGAGACCAUCUGGCUUCGGUAUCUUGGGUGGAGCAACGAUUCCCGGCGGACGGUCUCACCGUCGUCCCGAGGGCCACCGCCAUCACCACUUCGGCGGUCACCACCAUCGUCACCAUGGUCCUUCUCCUUUCUUCCAUCGCCUAACGCACGACCUCCAUGCCUUCUUCUACGUCCUCGGCGCGGCCCUCUCCACACCAGGUGGUCGGAUCUUCUCCUUUGUUGUCCAAGGGUUGAUGCUCAUUUUGAUCGUCGUCAAGUUGGCCAGAGCGAGGAGGAGUAAUGGAAGUGUGAGAUUGGAAGAAGAGGACGUGGAAGCGGCUUUGGUCCCUCCUGCUCCUGAGUAUUCGGUUCGGAAAGAUGAGACGCAAAGGUCGCUUGGGCUUGGGGAGGCGCUCGAGAUCAAUUUUUCGAAGGCUUGA